CGUGGAGCCGGGUGGGGUCGGGGUCAGCGUCGGGCCUACAGCUGGGGCUUCAUGCGACCUGAAAUCCGCAGAGAGAUCGCAGAGACGGAGGGAGUGUGGUGCCGAUGUGCUUCCCCUUUCAUUCGGGAAGCCGUGGACGGUCGGCGGCGCACCUGUUUGGGUCCUCAGUACGUGACCCAAAACUUCACUGGGUUCUCUAGACAGUCCUAAAGCCCAGCGCUCACUUCCGGUGGCACCGCGCCGGAGAAAAGUCCUGGGAAGUGAGUAACCAUGGUGCUCAAUAGUUUGGAUAAGAUGAUUGAACUCCAGAAGAACACUGCCAACAUCAGGAACAUCUGUGUUUUGGCUCACGUUGACCAUGGAAAAACUACUCUUGCUGAUUGUCUCAUAUCUAGUAAUGGAAUCAUCUCCAGCCGACUUGCAGGCAAGUUAAGGUACAUGGACAGCCGAGAAGAUGAACAGAUCCGAGGGAUCACUAUGAAAUCCAGUGCCAUUUCACUACAUUAUACAAAAGAUAAUGAGGAGUACCUGAUUAAUCUCAUAGACUCUCCGGGACAUGUGGACUUCUCCUCGGAAGUGUCAACAGCUGUUCGAAUUUGUGAUGGGUGCAUCAUUGUGGUAGAUGCUGUGGAAGGGGUCUGUCCACAGACACAGGCAGUUCUGCGACAAGCGUGGCUGGAAAACAUACGUCCAGUUUUAGUGAUUAAUAAGAUAGAUCGUUUGAUAGUGGAACUAAAAUUCACCCCACAGGAGGCAUAUUCUCACCUCAAGAAUAUUUUGGAACAGAUUAACGCACUGACAGGAACACUUUUUACUUCUAAAGUCUUAGAAGAAAGAGCAGAGAGAGAAACUGACUCCCAAGUAAAUCCAAAUUCUGAACAAGGAGAGCAGGUGUAUGACUGGAGCACUGGCUUGGAGGACACAGAUGAUUCUCACCUUUACUUCUCCCCAGAACAAGGGAAUGUGGUGUUUGCCAGUGCCAUAGAUGGGUGGGGCUUUGGGCCAAAGGAAAGAAACCUUUAUUUGUACAGUUGAUCUUGGAAAAUAUAUGGAGUUUAUAUGAUGCUGUCUUGAAGAAGGACAAAGAAAAAAUUGAGAAAAUAAUGACUUCUUUAGGAUUAAAGAUUGGAGCUCGAGAGGCCCGGCAUUCGGACCCUAAGGUUCAGAUCAACGCCAUUUGCAGCCAGUGGCUGCCCAUCUCCCAUGCUGUCCUUUCCAUGGUGUGCCAGAAACUUCCCAGUCCCCUGGACAUUGCAUCUGAGAGAGUGGAGAAACUGAUGUGCACAGGAUCUCAAACAUUUGACUCUCUUCCCCUGGAAACACAAGCCCUAAAAGGAGCUUUUAUGAAAUGUGAAAGUGAAGAUACUGCUCCAGUUAUUAUCUUUGUUUCCAAAAUGUUUGCAGUUGAUGCUAAGGCCUUGCCUCAGAAUAAGCCAAGGCCUCUCACUCAAGAUGAGAUUGCUCAGAGACGAGAGCGUGCACGACAGAGGCAUGCGGAGAAGCUGGCAGUGGCUCAGGGGCAGGGCCGUGUGGAGCCCAACCUCAAUGGGGGCAUCCUUGAAACAAGUCCACAAGAAGAGCCAAGAGGUGAUAAACAGCAGGUGGAGAGUGGGGCCCCUAACCCUGCACCCCAGGAGGAAGACAGCCAAGAGUCCUUCAUUGCAUUUGCUCGUGUGUUCAGUGGUGUGGCUCGAAGAGGAAGGAAAAUUUUUGUCUUGGGACCCAAGUACAGUCCUGUUGAAUUUUUGCAACGGGUACCAUCAGGCUUCUCAACUUCCCCUGACAACCUCCCCACCGUGCCCCACAUGGCGUGCUGUACAUUGGAAAACCUGUAUCUUCUGAUGGGAAGGGAACUGGAAGAGCUAGAGGAGGUGCCUCCAGGAAAUGUGCUAGGAAUAGGAGGUCUUCAAGACUUUGUGCUGAAAUCUGCGACCCUGUGUAGCUUGCCAUCUUGCCCACCUUUCAUACCACUUAGCUUUGAAGCCACCCCUAUUGUGAGAGUUGCUGUUGAGCCGAAACACCCAAGUGAAAUGCCUCAGCUUGUGAAAGGAAUGAAGCUCUUGAACCAAGCUGAUCCCUGUGUCCAGAUUUUAAUUCAGGAAACAGGAGAGCACGUUUUGGUGACAGCAGGGGAAGUUCAUCUUCAGCGAUGCUUGGAUGACUUAAAAGAAAGGUUUGCAAAGAUUCAUAUCAGUGUAUCUGAACCCAUUAUUCCAUUUAGAGAAACAAUCACAAAACCCCCAAAAGUUGACAUGGUCAAUGAAGAAAUAGGCAAACAACAGAAAGUUGCAGUCAUACACCAAACAAGAGAAGAUCAGAGCAAAAUCCCUGAAGGAGUCCAGGUUGACUCUGAUGGGCUGAUCACCAUCACAACCCCCAAUAAACUCGCCACACUCAGUGUUCGUGCCAUCCCUCUUCCAGAAGAAGUCACUCAGAUUCUGGAAGAAAACAGUGAUUUGAUUCGUUCUGUGGAACAACUGACAUCUUCUUUGGAUGAUGGCAAAAAUACUCAGAUGAUUCAUCAGAAGACCCAAGAGAAAAUGUGGGAAUUCAAAAGAAAACUAGAACAACAUCUAACAGGGAGAAAAUGGAGGAACACCAUUGACCAAAUUUGGUCGUUCGGCCCAAGAAAGUGUGGGCCCAACAUACUGGUCAGUAGAAGUGUGGACUUCCAGAACUCGGUGUGGACUGGAGCAGCUGGCAGAGCUUCCCAAGCAGCAAGUAGAUACCGAGACCUGGGCAAUAGCAUCGUGAGUGGCUUCCAGCUGGCAACUCUCUCUGGCCCCAUGUGUGAAGAGCCCCUCAUGGGUGUCUGUUUUGUUCUGGAAAAGUGGGACAUAAGUAAACUUGAGGAACAAGGAGCAAGUGAUAACCAGAAUCGUGAACAUAAUUAUGUGGUAGAAGAGGGUCAGGAGGGAGACAGACGCUGUCCCAGUGGAGAUGAAAACCAAGAGUUACCAGAUGGCUGCUCAGAGGUCUCUGAGAAGAGGACUUCCCAGAAAGGAGAACCUUCAGUCACUGACUGCUAUGGGCCCUUUUCAGGACAGCUGAUUGCCACCAUGAAGGAAGCAUGUCGCUAUGCCCUGCAGGUGAAACCACAGCGCCUGAUGGCAGCUAUGUACACCUGUGACAUCAUGGCCACCAGUGACGUUCUUGGUCGAGUCUAUGCUGUCUUGUCAAAGAGAGAAGGCCGGGUGCUUCAAGAAGAAAUGAAAGAAGGGACGGACAUGUUCAUCAUCAAGGCAGUGCUGCCUGUAGCCGAAAGCUUUGGCUUUGCUGAUGAGAUUAGAAAGAGGACAAGUGGCCUGGCUAGCCCGCAGCUGGUGUUCAGCCACUGGGAGAUUAUCCCCAGUGAUCCCUUCUGGGUCCCCACCACAGAGGAGGAGUACCUGCACUUUGGGGAAAAGGCAGAUUCUGAGAACCAGGCCCGGAAGUACAUGAAUGCUGUGCGGAAGCGGAAGGGGCUCCACGUGGAGGAGAAGAUUGUGGAACAUGCGGAGAAGCAGAGGACACUCAGCAAAAACAAGUAGCUUCCACCACUUGGGUGGGUUCUUUCCUUUCCAAUGAAUUAACAAGUACCAUUGGGGUCUAAUCUUGGGAAAUUUUCUUUUUGCUGGUUAUCUGUGUACAUUCACUUUCAAUAAAGUUGAUCUGUAUAAAUAUUUUAAA